AUGAGUUGCUGGUGGCCGGCACGGCUGCAGGUGUGGCGUGCUGUUUCGUGGCUCCUGUCGGAGGACGAAACUGAAGCCUACAGCGCCAGUAAAAGGGAGACCACCGAAGCCUACAUCUCCGACGAGGUGAGACGACGGCGGGAACUCGUGGCGCGAGGCGGAGAGCAACCCAAGGCGAGAGUUCUGUUUGGGGUGGAGGCAACGGGGACCCACUUUGCCGUCCGCGAUUACUGGCGAGGGUUCUUCGCUGCGACCUGCGCAGCCCUCACUUUCCGCUUGCUAGCUGUGCUCAACAACACAAGAGAAACCGUGGCCAUUCUGUUCCAGACCAGUUGGCGUGUCGAGUUCCCCUAUGACCUCCCGGAACUUUUCUCCUAUGCCGUAUUGGGCGCCCUCUGUGGAGGCAUCGCCUGCCUCUUCCUCUCCUGCCACCGGAACAUUCUUGACUUUCUCCAGAACCGGCUGAGAAUCAAACGUUUUAUGGCGAACAACAAAAUCUUGUACGCUGGGUUCGUCUCCCUGCUGCUAUCGAGCAUCACAUUCCCCCAUGGUUCGGGGCAGUACAUUGGCGCAAAGCUCUCCAUGAAGCAACUUCUGGAGACCUUCUUCAACAACCUGACCUGGGGCCUGGAGGAGGCCCCCCUGGGCAGCAACGGCACCCGCCAGCCCCCCAACCAGACCCACGAUUUCAGAUGGCUCCAGUGGACCCACCCAGCGCUCUCCUCCCUGGAGAUGGUCUCCUUCUUUCUCAUUGCUAAGUUCUUCAUGCUGCUCUUGGCUACGACCAUGGUCAUCCCGGCGGGAUUUUUCCUCCCUGUCUUCGUUUAUGGAGCCGCCCUCGGCCGAUUGUACGGCGAAGUCAUGGCCAAGAUUUUCCCGGACGGCAUCGUCUCUGAAGGGAUCCACAUGCGGAUCGUGCCCGCUGGCUACGCCCUGGCAGGCGCAGCAGCAUACUCCGGGGCCGUGACCCAGACCCUCUCGACCGCCCUGUUGACCUUUGAGCUGACCGGCCAGAUGUCCCACAUCCUGCCGGUCUUGGUGGCCGUGCUGAGUGCCAACGCCAUCAGCCAGCAAUCGCAGCCUUCCUUCUUCGAUGGCAUCAUCAGCGUCAAGAAGUUGCCUUUCCUGCCCAAGCUGGCUGUGGGCAAGACUGGAGGCCACGACAUCUAUGCCGAAGACUUUAUGGUGACCGAUCUCAAAUACCUAUCCCGGGAGAGCAAGUACAAAGACCUCCGCAGGCUGCUUAGGGUCUCCACCCUCAAGCAGUUCCCCUUAGUGGACUCUCAAGAGUCUCGCGUCUUGUUGGGGUCCAUCCGGAGGAAGCAUCUCUCCAAGCUUCUGUCGGCCCACCUUGGCCCAGAGAAGAGAUUCCACUACAUUCUCAGCCAGUGGGAAGAGGCGGCCCCAAACCAAAAGCUCCUGGAAACAGAGGAACCAGACUCGCCCAAGGAAACAGAGAAUGGACCUUGCGAUGCCCAGGAUAGUUGGGUGGAAGAGAUUAUGGAGGGAGAGGAAGAGGAGGAGAAAAAGCCCUCCAAGGCCGUUCCGAGGAGCACCAAUUCUCUCGCCCCGCAAGAAGAGCACGGGCGACAUCGCCACCUGGUUGAGGAGUGGGAAUGCCGGCAGCUCCAGGAAACAGUCUGUCUGGUUGAUGUGCCGAUCAACCCAGCUCCUUAUCGCCUCUUGGAGAAGGAAACCCUCUACCAGUGCUACGACCUCUUCAACCUCCUGGGUCUCCACACAGCUUAUGUGACCAACAUGGGGCGCUUGGUUGGAGUGGUGAGUCUCCGGGAGCUCAAGGCCGCAGUCGAAGGGUGUGUCAGGGGCACCUUUGCCAGCCAGCCCACCUGCCGCCAACGCCAGGGUCCGCAGAGGCCUGAUGACCAGGAGCGAAAACCACCUGGAGAGGAUGAACUCAAGAGCCCCCGGGCCUAGGGCCAUUUCUGGUUGGUGCCAAUAAGGACCCGUUUCUGCUGCCCUCCUAUGCAUUUAUAUCAUAGAAUUUUGUAAAAGCUAUAUAUUCGCUUGGUUGUAAGAAGAGUACGCCUGUGUACGCCUUGGUUUUGUAGGGUUUUCAACUGCCCCGGCGGAAGGAUCCUGCCUGCCUGGGAGCUGUAGUUCAGAAAGGUUUUUAUUUUUACGUGGGAGAUCCCUUAAGCCCCUUAGGAAUCAUAGAGUUGGAAGAGACCCCAAGGGCCAUCCAGUCCAACCCCCUGCCAAGCAGGAAACACCAUCAAAGCAUUCCUGACAUAUGCCUGUCAAGCCUCUGCUUAAAGACCUCCAAAGAAGGGGACUCCACCACACUCCUUGGCAGCAAGUU